UUUUUUUUUCCUUCCUUACAGCCGCCUGGGCAGGAAAACAAGGAGUCAAGAAAGGAAACUGUAAAUUAGUUAGAAAUGGCUUUUCGGAGAAGAAAUAAGAGCUACCCUUUCUUCAGUCAGGAGUUUUUAAUUCAGAACCAUGCCGACAUUGUGUUUAGUUUGGUCAUCUUCAUUUUAAUUGGCCUGAUGUUUGAGGCAACUGCAAAAACAGCCAUUCUCUUUAUUCAGCCUCAGUACAACAUCAGCACAUUGAGCACAGACGGAGAGCUGACUCUGUACCAUUACGGGUGGAAAGACUGCGCCACCGUCCUCUUCUAUCUCUUCAUCACCAUCAUCCUCCACGCUGUGGUUCAGGAGUACAUCCUGGAUAAAGUAAACAGGCGUCUUCACCUUUCGAAGAGCAAGAACACGAAGUUUAACGAGUCCGGACAGCUGUGUGUGUUCUACCUCGUCUCCAGUUUGUGGAGUCUAUACGUUCUCGCUACUGAGGGUUACAUUCUGCACCCGAGCAGUCUGUGGGAGAAUUACCCUCAUGUCCACCUGAGGUUCCAGGUGAAGUUUUUCUAUCUGACCCAGUUGGCGUAUUGGCUCCACGCUCUGCCCGAGCUCUACUUCCAGAAAGUGCGCAAGGAAGAGAUCCCUCGUCAGCUGCAGUAUAUCUGCCUGUACCUGUCUCACAUCCUGGCUGCGUACCUGUUAAAUCUGACGCGUGUAGGGUUGGUGUUACUCUUCCUGCAGUACGUCUCUGAGACGGGGUUCCACCUCUCCAGACUCAUCUACUUUAUCGACGAGACCCAUCAUAAAAUGUUUGAUCUGUGGUCAGUGGGCUUUGUUUUGACCCGUAUGGUGUCUCUGACCCUGAUGUUCUUGUCUGUGGGUUUCGGUUUGGCACGAUCAGAGAACCAGACACUCGACUGGGAGGCUGGAAACUUCAACACCCUCCCUAUCAGGCUGUUGGUGCUGUUCCUGGUGUGUUCUACACAGUCGUGGCUGCUGUGGAAGUUUUUCUGUUUCCAGCUGAGACGCACUCGUGAGUUCAGACUGGAGCAGGCGAAAAAGAGAGCAGCAGCUAAACAGCAGACUUCACGUGCAGUCAAACGUGACACAGCUGGCCACCAUGAGAACGGCGCGCUCAAGGUGGAGAACGGAACGUCCCCUCGGCUGAAGAAGCUGAAAGCCCCUUAACCCCGCCCCAUUUUUAUAAGGGACAGAAAUGGGAAAUGGGUCACCCACUUCCUGUUCUGAUCUACAACAGACUGAGGGUGCUAUGACAUUCCAUAGAGGAUGUGCCAUCCAAAAGUGUUGGCACCCUCGGGAGGGGGCGCAAAAACCACGUACCUUCCCUUUUUUUUUUUUUUUCCCCCCCUUCCUCUCUCUCUCUCCCUCUCUCUCUCCCUGCCCCCUUUUGUACAUCAUUAUCAGUAUUUGUUACUUUUCCUUUCCGAUAAGCAUUAUUGCAAUUUUUUUUUCUUCCUUCUGCUGCUUUGUACCAAUUCUCAGCUCCUUUUAUCUAGGUCAUCCAAAAGCCAUGUUUUCAUUUUUGUGUUUUCUGAAUCAGUACUGUAUCAGCCAGCCCUGGGGAACGUGAUAAAACAGGCCUACGGUGGCCUGGGAAGGACAUCCAGAGUGCAGGUCACCCACCAAGUGGGAAUUUUUUUUGGGGGGAGGAUUGUUGUUGGGGGGGUUCUUGCAUGUCGUGGCUUUUUCUCACUCUCAGUUAGGAGGAUAGAAAUUCUUGACAUGUUUAGAAAAAAAAAAGCAUGUGCUAAUGUUACGCUUCAUGAUCUUGUCGUUUAUUAUGACAAUAAAAAAAAAUGACCAAGUUGUUAAUUUUAUAGCAA